CCUCGCUCUCGUCAGGUGAACGCCACACGAGACGGCGGAUUCUGCGUCACCUUGCGGAUUCCCUCAUCUCCCGAGGUUGACUGGUGGGGGUCUGCGCAUGCGAGGUUAUAGGGGAGACUUGAGAGGCCACCUAUACUGACAACUGCACACGAGAUAAAUCAGUGUUGCCGGGGAACUGGUUGGGAUGAAAAUGGACUCUCUUGACUGACGAGCAGACCUGCUGUCAUCAAUUUGGCACCCUGUCCAGUAAUCAACGCAGAAUUGCUUUGAGAAGGGCGGGUGCUGUCCUCGCAUCCCAUUAAUUUGUGUGUCUGUGUUAUGUGUGCGUCUGCUGUGACGUAUGUCUUUGUGGACCAGCCUACUAGCGAACGGAACAGGUGGCGCGUGGCUCUUUUGUAUCGGGUUUGGAUCAUGUCCUCUCUCCUCAGCGUUGUCUCAGGACGGAAAGUAUACCGCUAGCGUGGCGUGCAUAUUCGUGUAAUUGCCUUGAACUCGUGAUCUCUCCUCAGAAAACCACAUGCUCGCCGAUCACUGUUAACCCCAAGGCUCCGGUAGCCUAAUCCUGACCGGUGUCCUGUGCGCGAGACGAGAUGGCGCUGGGCCGAGGAACCAUAGAACUGGAACACUUCGACGAGCGAGACAAGACGCAUCGCUCGUCUCGCGCAGCCGACUUGGGUUCACAGUCUGGUUCGCGAGCCGGCAGCGUGGUCCCGAGCCCUGCACACAGCGCGAAUUGUAGCUUCUACCGUACACGCACGCUUCAGACACUGAGCUCCGAGAAACGCGCAAAGAAAGUGCGCUUCUACCGGAAUGGGGACCGGUGUUUCAAGGGGCUACUGUACGCCGUGUCGGGCGACCGCUGCCGAUCCUUCGACACGCUUCUGGUGGACCUCACCCGCUCUCUCGCAGACAACCUGUACCUGCCACAGGGAGUCCGCACCAUCUACACUGUGGAUGGGUCGAAGAAGGUGACGAGCUUGGACGACCUCUUGGAAGGUGAGAGCUAUGUGUGUGCCUCCAACCAGCCCUAUCGGAAGGUGGAGUACUCUAGCGUGGCGCCUCCCAGCUGGGGCUCCCGUAAGGCGGGGGCGGGGGCGGGCGGGGGCACGGUGGCCCGCGGAGCAGGGCCCGGCCCGGGGAUCAGCGCGGUGUCCGGCGCGGCCCUGGUGGGCUCCUCCUCCGGGCGGGAGAGCCGCGAGUUCGUGCGUCCCAAGCUGGUGACGGUGGUGCGGGGGGGGGCGCGGCCGCGGCGGGCGGUGCGCGUGCUGCUCAACAGGAAGACGGCGCACUCCUUCACCCAGGUGCUCAGCGACAUCAACAACGCCUUCAAGCUGGAGGCAGGCGCCAUACGCAAGCUGUACACGCUCGACGGCAAGCAGCUAACAUGCCUGCAAGACUUCUUUGGAGAUGACGACGUCUUUGUGGCCUGUGGAAUGGAGAAGUUCCGUGUCCAGGAUGACUUUGUAAUGGCCAGCAAACCAUCACGCUCUUUUGUUAACGAGCUGAAAUCAUCUCGUGCCCUCAAGCCCAAGACCUCUGCUGUAACAACACCCAGUGGGAAAGGUAGUGAAGCACCUGGAUCCCACAGUUCAGCAGUGAGAUCGAAGACACCCAGUUCAGGAAGUCAAUCCAGCAUCAAGCUCUCUGCUCGUUCCUCCUCACGCCAAGAUACGAGGGAUGCAGAAGAGACGGAUGAGGAGAGCCGUGAGGUGUCUUGUCUUAUCUCGGAGCGCUAUGAGGUGGGCAGAGUGAUUGGGGAUGGCAACUUUGCUGUGGUGAAGGAGUGUGUGGAGAGGUCUACCGGGCAGGAGUAUGCACUGAAAAUCAUUGAUAAGGCCAAAUGCAGUGGAAAGGAACACCUGAUAGCCAAUGAGGUGGCGAUUCUGCGGCGGGUGCGGCACCCAAGCAUCAUCAUGCUGAUUGAGGAGGUGGACACGGCCAGUCACCUGUACCUGGUCAUGGAGCUGGUCAAGGGAGGGGACUUAUUUGACGCCAUCACCUCCUCCACUAAGUACAGUGAGUGCGAGGCCAGCGCCAUGCUGUUCAACCUGAGCGCCGCUCUCAAGUACCUGCACCAGCUCAGCAUCGUGCACAGAGACAUCAAGCCAGAGAACCUGCUGGUGUGUGAGUAUCCUGAUGGCACUAAGUCUCUGAAGCUGGGGGACUUUGGGCUGGCCACAGUGGUGGAUAAGCCUCUGUACACCGUCUGUGGAACACCUACCUACGUGGCUCCUGAGAUCAUUGCAGAGACUGGAUACGGGCUGAAGGUGGACAUUUGGGCGGCAGGGGUGAUCAGCUACAUCCUGCUGUGUGGCUUCCCUCCGUUCCGCUCCGAGAGGAACCAGCAGGAUGAGCUCUUCCAGAAGAUUCUCGAGGGCCGGCUGGAGUUCCCCACACCAUACUGGGACAGCAUCAGUAGUUCUGCUAAGGAUCUGAUUGGCCGGAUGCUGCAAGUGAAUGUGGGAAAUCGUUACAGUGCAGAGGAAGUGUUGUCACAUCCAUGGGUUUUGGAUGACUCCGAAAACAACGUGAAGCUCGAUUCACCUGAUGACUUGGACAGCAACACAGCAGCGGGCACAGAUUCUGACCAUCUGAAUGACAAUGGUUAUGGGACUAGGUAAGCGCACAGCAAGCUGCUGACAGUGAGACACAAGACUCCAAACACAACAGCAAGCCUACAAGACCAAUAAACCAACCAGGACUGCGUUUCUCACAAGCGCACCCGUGCUGCGACCAUCAUAACUAAAGAGUGUUCCGAUUGAUAGCUGCUCUCACCACCAAUAGGUGACCUAAUGGCAUAGCACUGAGACCUAUGGGAAAUGUAGUCCAGAAGCACCCAACCCACACCAGAUGCCUCUCCGCUCACCUCUCCGCUGGGCCCCCAGCUGCACUGUGCCGCCCGCCGCCCUUUUUCUACAGUUGGUCAAUCGAGAAUUAAUAAGGUCUACCUGACAUGUCUACCAAUUAGAAUUCUUUUUUUGCACUGAGUUACAUGCCAUUAUGUGAUUUGGUGCAAAAUAAUAGAUAUGUUUGUGUCAUAAGACAAUAUGAUUUGGUGAUAAAUAAUAAUAGAUACGAUUCAAUCAUUUCAUAGAAUGGUGGUUAUUUGAAUCUGAGUUUUUCUCUACAGUGUACUUGGACCUUGUUAGUUCUCAGUUGACAGGCUCAUCAGUACUCCUCUUACUCCAGAUAUACUACAGAUAGAUGUAGUCAUUCAUGUCUCUGUUCAGUGUGACCAUAAAUCGUUCAACAAGCCUUCAAGUCAUUACAGUAUACGUGUGCAAGUGUGUGUGUGUGUGUGUUUGUGCGAGUAUUUGGACGUGUGUGUGUGUGUGAGAGAGAGAAGUUGAAGACCGUUCUUGUUUUGCAUUUAAGUGUGUUAUGAAAAAAAGCCAAUGAAAUCGCAGAAAGAAAACAGGCUCAGAUUGUUUGUGUGUGGUGUAUAGUAUGUAGUGUGUGCAUGUGCCCUGAGAAGUCCUUGCUUAUUUGAAUCUUGUUGUUUAAAAAAAGGAAAGUGAAAGUUUUGAGUAUGAGUGACUGUGUGCGUGUGUGUGUGUGUGUGUGUAUUGUGUUUGUUCCCAAAGAAAUGUGCAUCUUUGAUUCCCAUCCUUAGUCGUGUAGGACAAGAUGUUAAGAUGCUCUUCUGUCAGAUUUUUGUACAUUAAAGUUCAUUCCUCGA